CGCCAACUCAUACAUGAAGCACUAGGAACAACUCGGAAAAACGGAGAAUUGCUAGUCUCUCAGCUCUUAGAUCUAGAGCUGAGAAAAAGCAAAUAUUCUUUGUUGGCUUAAAGAUGCUUGCUCAUCCCCCGACCGGCGCUUUUCGCUCGAGUAAACACGCAUAGAACCCCGCGCACCAUGGGUUGUCCCAAGCUACGAAAUCCCUUUCGAAAGAGGCGCCCCAAACAACAGCCUCGGGAGGAAACCACGAAUCUAUCAAACAUUCCACCACAAAUAUCGUUUAAUGCUCUUUCUGGUACCUGUUCGACGCUGGAGCCAGUAGCUCAACCGAAACCUAAAGCAGAUGCCUUGCCAGCAGAGGAUAAACAGGUUCAAUUGAGCUCUGAUACCAUCCUGCCUCACCUCAACAGGAAAACUGAGAAACGGAAUCUCUGGCAAGAGGCAUACAACACGUUGGAUGAGAAGCAGCGCCAGAAUAUAAAGCCGUUGAAGAAAAAUGACCAGAACGGCGACAAUCACGAUGACAAUGCAACCCCUGUACGCAAAACACUAGAUGAUGUAAUUCGAGCCGUCAAAGCACAAUACGAAAUAAGAAUGUCGAAAAGAGGAGACUCACGACUUCGGGAUGCUGCAAACAAAAUCUUGACAGCCACAUUGAGCUGCAAGGAUAUUAUCAGUGCAAUCGUGGCAUUCGACCCCACUGCCCACGCGUCAAGUGCCUGGACAGUCGUUUCUCUGGGAUUGACGAUGACACAGAAUUAUCGUGAUCAACAAAUGGCUUGGUUUCAAUCAUCUGCCAUCUUGACUGACAUCCUAGCUCGGUAUGCCGUUAUAGAGAAGCUUUACCGCGACGAGAGCUCCGAGGUGAAUGACAGAAUUGAGGAUGCCAUCUUAAGGGUCUAUAUCGCUGUUCUGAAAUAUACGGCAGAGGCAAUGACCAUCUAUCGCUCAAAUACAGGAAAGCGAUUGAUGCGUAGUGUGGUGGCCCUGGCAAACCUGCCCCUGACAGAAAUUCAGUCCUCGAUCGACACAGAGGAAACGCACCUAGGAAAGUGGUUGCAAAUGUUCCAAGAAAUGCAGCGCAAAGAGGAGGCCAAUAAUAUACUUCUUGGAGUUGAUCGAAUUCUUGACGGUAUCCGAGGUAUUGACCAGAAACUCGAUCUCGCCAAGCUGCCGAUAGCUGAAGGGGCUCACUUCAAUUCGCACAUGGAUGAGGACCAGGUUGAAUGCCUGGAGAAUACCCGAGUUGAGCUUCUUGAUGAUAUCACGGACUGGGUAGAUGAUCCCAAGGGAAAGACCAUCUUUUGGUUGAGGGGGGUAGCUGGAACUGGAAAAUCAACAAUUUCCCGAUCAGUGGCGCGAAAGCUGCACGAGAGAGACCUGCUAGGAGCAAGCUUCUUUUACAAAAGGGGUGAAGGUGAUCGCGGGAAAGCUUCGCGGUUCAUCACCACUAUCGUUAAGCAAUUAAUGAUUGCUCUCCCCCACCUGAGGAAAGAGAUUGCGGCAGCCAUGGAGGAUGACUUAAUAGUUUCCACAUCACUGAAAGACCAAUUUGACCAUCUGUUGUUGAAGCCACUUUUGAGCGUAAAACUAAGCAAUGGGCAGCGCCUACCGCUUGUCAUUGUGGUCGAUGCCCUGGAUGAGUGUGAGGAGCGAAGCAUUGAGACGAUCAUUCGACUUCUUCCUCGGGUGCAAGAAUCGAAAACGAUACAAUUGAAGGUCUUCAUCACCAGCCGACCCGAACACCCAAUUUUUGAGGGCUUUGAGCAGAUAGAAGGUGAACACAAAGAUGUCGUUCUCCAUGAGAUUGAACGUCGUACAAUCAAGCACGAUAUGGCUCUAUUCUUUGAGGACCGUUUAUCGAAAAUCAGAAAGAACAAGAAUCUUGAAGAUGAAUGGCCUGGAGAAACCGAGACACAAGCUCUGAUCGACAUGGCAAUACCGCUUUUCAUCUUCGCUGAAACUGUCUGUCGCUUAUUAGGGGACUACCGAUGGGAUCCAGACGACAGCUUGAAAGACAUAUUGAAACGUCGAUACAACAACUCUAAUCUGGAUAGAACUUACUUGCCUGUUCUAGACAAACUCCUCGAAGGACAGGAUCGACGAGCUCAGAAUGAAUUGGUUAAGCAAUUCCGACAGGUUGUUGGGACAAUCGUUGCUCUCGAAAGCCCACUUUCCAUUGCUUCACUUUCAAAGCUGAUAAAUAUGAAAGAGAGCCUAAUUCGCACCAGACUAGACUCACUUCAUUCAGUCCUGAGCAUUCCAAAGGACAACAACAGACCAGUCAGAAUGUUCCAUCUUUCUUUCCGUGAAUUCCGACUUCAUCCAGAGACAAAAGAGAAAACAAAAUUAUCAGUGGACGGGCAGUCAACACAUCGCGAUUUGGCUCAUAAGUGCAUUGCAGUCAUGAUGGAUCCCCAACAUGGACUUCGACAGGACAUCUGUGACCUGCGAAAACAUGGAACCUCUAGAGAUGAUAUUACCACGGAGCAGAUUGAAGGAUGUUUUCCAGCAGAACUUCGCUACUCUACCCGAUAUUGGGUUCGUCAUCUUCACCAGGGAGCUUGGAUUCUUUCUGAUCACGACGAAAUACAUGAAUUUCUCAAAAAGAAUUUUCUUCACUGGCUGGAAGCAAUGAGUAUCUUAGGACAUCUACCAGAAACAAUAGGCAGUGUCAAUAUGUUACUCUCGAUUGUACAGACGUCACACUCAGAUCGAAUAUCAAAAUUUCUUUACGAUGCAAAGCGAUUAACUCUAAAGAAUAUCCAUAUCGCCAAAGAAUAUCCGCUGCAGCUGUAUUCCUCCGCAUUGCUGUUCGCACCAGAAAAAUGUACGAUCAAAAAAACGUUUCUCCACUAUGUCUCACCAUAUUUCUCUCGACUAUCCAGAGUGCCUGAGUAUUGGGGUGCUGAAUUACAAACAAUCGAGGUUGGAUAUCAGUAUUUAAGAUGCUUGGAGUUUUCUCCUGAUGGAGAGUUGCUCCUCACAUCUACUAAUAAACUAAGCCUGUGGGAAGCCAGUACUGGUGACUUACGGCAUACGCUUGAGGAAUCGACUAACCUCGAGUUUGGACUAUGCGCAUUUUCACCAGAUGGAAAGUUAGUGGCUGGGACAAAUUGGGACAGCAGCACAAUACGAUUGUGGGACUCUCUUGCUGGUACUUUAAGACAUACCCUGAAAGGCGAACAUGGUACUAUUGCGAUAGGGUUUUUAAACAAUGAGCAGUUGGUCUCGAUAUCUUUUGACAGAGAAUUGUCAACAUGGAACACCAUAUCCGGAGAGUUACAGCAAAGUGUACGCUUGGAAGUACUACGACAUACACUCAAGAGCCAUGGCAGAGAUGUUUUAUCAUUAGCCUUCUCACCAGAUGGACGGUUUCUAGCCUCAGCGCAUAUGAAGAGCAUAUUGGUGCUUUGGGAUAUAUGUAAAGGAACCGAGCUUAAUACUCUACAGUGCCAUGCUAAUGAUUGCUGUAUCAAUUCUGUGGAUUUCUCUCAUAAUGGGAGAUCGCUGGCUUUGUAUUGUGAGCAAGGGCUGACCAUCUGGGAUAUAUGCCAUAGCCCCAUAUUAUCCACCUUUGCUAGCCGCAAAACGGUCAUUGGGCUAGUCAAGUUCUCACCAGACAACAAGCUUGUGGCUUCCUCAACUUUGGGCCAGGUGACUCUCUGGGAUACCACUCGUUGUGAAGUUCAGCAUGCUCCACAGGGGCAUACAAAGCCAGUAACCACAGUACAGUUUUCGCAAACUGGAGCGGUUCUCGCUAGUAGUUCCAGGGAUAGCAUCGUGAGGCUCUGGGACAUUUCCACGGGCACAGUGCAACGCGUACUACAAGGCCACUCAGAUGCAGCUUCGGGGGUCUCUAUCUCCCCAAAGGGUCACCUUGUAGCCGUGUCCUCAAAGGACGGACUCAUCGAGAUAUGGGACGUAUCAAAUGGGACCUUGCAGCAUAACUUAUCGUCGAACUGUUCUAAAAUCACGAACCGCAUGUUGUUCUCACCGGAUGAAAGCUUGCUUUUGGUUAUUUGGGAUUCCAGAAUGUUCUUAUGGGAUGCGGUUACGGGCACAUGCAAGUGGACCGUGGAGCCGAAGAGACCGGAUCCGCCCAUGUCUGAUGUGACAGAUUCCUCGGACAGUUCAACAUCCUUCGGAUAUGUUGAAACAGUAGCUUUCUCACCAUCUGGAAAUUUUCUGGCCGCCGGCUUUUGGCGUAAGCACACGGUGAGGCUGUGGAACAUUGGGACAGGCAUGGCGGAACAUGUUUUUACAGACUGCUCUACAGAUCAAAUACAAUUCUCACCUGAUGGCAAGCUAUUGGCGGCAGGAUCUGUUAGCACCGGAGUUAAAGUGUGGAGAGUUUCCGACGGCGGUUUGCGGCAGACCUUGGAAAAAGAGGACGAGCCGUCAUGGUUCAGGUAUGCCACGAAGAGCGACGGAUAUUCGUGGCUUUUCGACACCAACGUGAAUGAAUACAGGAUUCAUCCAAAGUCCCAGGGCAACAUCAUAUCGGUGACUGUGAAUUGGAUAGGCAUCGGAAAAGAUAGGUUCUUAUGGAUUCCACCUGAAUAUCGGGGAAAUCGGUACGCAAGAGAAGUUAUUGAGAAUACGGUUAUUUUGGGACUUGAAACAGGUGAUGUGAUUUUUAUGGGUAUUUGCCCCGAGAAGGUUAGGGAGGCUUGGAGCUAA